AUGACGGCGGUCCAGCAGCUUGAACCAACGCCGACGCCGGCGAGACCUAGGAGCAUGGUCGCCGGGUUUCCAAAUAGUGGUGACACGGACAUGGAGAUGAACGGGCACUCACCGCCCAUCUUGGCCACCACGACGUUUGGCAGUGGACCUCAGAGGGGCGACACGAGGAUUGUUGUCAUCAUCUACGGACCCGGGCAGGACAAGAUCGUGUCCAUUUUCGCGGAGAUCCUUGGAAAGCCUCAAAGAUUGAUCGAGGCUUUCAAGGAUGUCAACGAGGCGGACCAAGGGCUGGUUGUCGGGAUUCCAGCGGACAAAGCACAGACGGACAUUGCGGAACGUGAUCGGGGGCUUGUCGUGGCUAUCAACGCACACUGGGUGAACCUGGGCAUGCCGCCGGACGAACUUCUAUCUGUGCAGUGCGACUAUGAAUUUCUCUACACCGAGACUCCUUUCUUUAGGCGGGACCUGUCGAGGUUCAUCUCCUUCACCCUGGGCCAGCUCAACCAUCACGAAACACUCAUGGCGAAGGCGAGAACAUACUUUAUAUCAACCACCUUUCCCGACGUACGAGCGGCUCUACCAAACCUGGACAUCCUGACUGUUGGCGCCGACGCUGUUGAGAUCCGAGUCGAUCUGUUGAAGGAACCGCUUGGGGACGGCACGUACUCAGACCUACCCAGCUUGAGCUACGUUGGUCAACAGGUCAUGCUCCUGCGACAAAGUACGGAGCUGCCCAUCAUAUUCACGACAAGAUGCACGAGAGAAAACGGACGGUUUCCUAUGGAUAACCCAAACUUAUACUACGAGUACCUUCACCGAGCCAUCAAGUGGGGUGUAGAGUACAUCGACGUCGAGCUCUGGCUGCCAGAAGCCAUCAGGAAAUCGCUCUGGGAGCAACGGGGGAGCAGUCGAAUCAUGUCUGCGUUUCACGACUUCUCUGGGACUUUCAAGUGGCCUUCGAGACACGCCGAGGAGAUAUUCGUGGAAUCCCAAAAAUACGCGGACAUCAUCAAGAUGAUAGCGAUAAUCAACGAUCACAACGAAAACUUCGAGCUUGAAUAUUUCCGAUCGAAAAUGAAGGCUGACUACCCAGACUCGCCGCCCUUCUCGGGCGUCAACAUGGGCGAGACUGGCCAGUUCUCCAGGACCCUGAACAAGGUCUUCACUCCUAUCACGCAUCCGCUGCUGCCAAUCAUAGCCGCACCCGGGCAGAUGAGUGCGGCCGAGAUAAACGCAGCGCUGUCUCUGCUCGGCCAGCUGCCCAAGAAGAACAUCUACGGGAUCAGCAGUCCAGCCAGCCGCAGCGCAACGCCGCAGGCCCCUUUCUACGAGAAGUGCUUCAACGAGCUCGGCUUGCCGCACCACUUCGCGGUGGUGGAGAGGCAGCCCAAGGGGAAUAGCGGCAUGGAGGCAUGGUGUAACCAGAAGAACUUCGGCGGUGCCUACCUCCAACCGCCGGUCUCCUUCCACAGCCUGGUCGGGAGCAGCCCCUUCUUCGCCUCCAUCAACGGCGGAGCCGGGCCGAUACUCAGCGAGGCCGCCCGGGUGAUCGGCAUGGUCGACACCAUCGUCGUGCGGCCGGGGGUCUCGUCGCCGUCGCCGUCGUCGGCGCCGGCGUCGAUACCCUCGAGCCCGCGCAACGGGCACGCCAGGAUGGACUCGCUGGGCCACCUCGGCGGCGGCGACGCGGGCCUCCCGCCCAACACGACGCUGAUCCUCGACAACGCACUCUGGCGCGGCGUCCUCAGCACGCUGACGCGCGACCUCGCGCCGUCGGCCUACUUCGGGCGCGCGGCCGUCGUGCUGGCCUCGUCGUCCGACGACGCCGCGAGCGUCGUCUUCGCCCUCAAGGCCCUGCGCGUGGGCAAGAUCUACACCGUGGGCUUCAAGACGCCGCCCGCGCUGGCCUACGGCCUGACCAUCGAGCCGUUCAACUCGCUCGAGUCCCUCCAGCGGGCGCGCAUGGUCGGCGCGACCGACGACGCCGCCUCGCCCUUCGUGGUCGUCAGCGCCCUCGGCCCGGAGAAGGCCAACAUCGUGGGCAUGCUGAUCCGGGUCUUUGGCGGCGGCGGUGGGGCCAACAAGGGCCCCGGCUCGGGCUCGGGCCCCGGUCCAGCGCGCAAGGUGUUCCUCGACCUCGCCGACGGCGGCAUGGGCGUCCCCCGCAAGGCCGACCCGGGCAUCGUCGCCGAGCAGAGCGGGUUCACGGCCUACGGCGUCGCGGACACGGCCGCGUUCGCGACGGUCGAGACGCUCAGGCUGCUGGUGGGCCAGAACGUCCCGUACAGCUUCGUCAGGCUGGCGAGCGGGCGAGGCAUGUUCUGA